CUAAGGGCCUGAUUGGCGAUGGGCAUGCAUAUAAGCCCACCCUUCCUUCACUUGUUCUUACUGCAACAUCCACAGACAAAUUCUCUCCAUUCUUCAUUCUUUCUCUCUCUAAACAACACUACAAUUUUCUCUCUCUAAAAGUGUCCAAAUGAGGAUGGUGAAUGAGAUUUUGGUGUCGGUGCUUCUAGUUUUUGCCACUUGCCACUUUGUUUCUGCCUUCACUGAUGGACUACUGCCAAACGGUGAUUUCGAGAAAGGGCCGAAGCCAUCGGACAUGAAAGGCUCAGAGGUGCUAAACAGGCACGCAAUACCGAACUGGGAACUCUCAGGCUUCGUAGAGUACAUAAAAUCAGGCCAAAAACAAGGGGACAUGUUGCUAGUAGUGCCUGAAGGCGCUUUCGCCGUAAGACUAGGAAAUGAGGCAUCUAUUAAGCAAAGGGUGAGUGUAACAAAGGGACUGAACUAUGCUAUAACAUUUUGUGCAGCAAGAACUUGUGCACAAGAGGAACAGCUGAAUGUAUCAGUGACACCUGAAUGGGGUGUUCUACCUAUGCAAACAUUGUAUAGUAGUAGUGGAUGGGAUUGCUAUGCUUGGGGAUUUGUGGCACUUUCUAAAGUUGCUGAAAUUAUGAUCCAUAAUCCUGGUGUUGAGGAAGAUCCUGCUUGUGGACCUCUUAUUGACUCGGUUGCUAUGCGAGUUCUUUACCCUCCAAAGAGGACUGGAUUGAACCUAUUGAAAAACGGUAACUUCGAAGAAGGCCCUUACAUCUUCCGCAACACAUCAUGGGGAACACUAAUCCCACCAAACAUCGAAGACGCUCAUUCACCACUCCCUGGUUGGAUGAUCGAAUCGUUGAAGGCGGUGAAGUACCUUGAUUCUGAUCACUUCUUUGUUCCCUCAGGCAAACGUGCAAUCGAGCUCGUCGCUGGAAAAGAAAGUGCCAUUGCUCAAGUUGUUCGUACCGUUCCUGGUAAACUCUAUGCUUUGACAUUCACCGUUGGUGAUGCUAACAAUGCUUGUAGCGGGUCCAUGGUCGUCGAGGCCUUUGCAGGCAAAGACACGGCAAAAGUCCCUUACAACUCUAAGGGGAAGGGUGGGUUUAAACGAGCUGUUCUUCGUUUCGUUGCUACCCAAACUCGAACCCGAAUCAUGUUCUAUAGCACCUUUUAUUCGAUGAGGAGUGAUGAUUUCUCUUCACUUUGUGGCCCUGUGAUAGAUGAUGUUCGACUCGUUAGUGUUCGUAGGCCAUGAUUGUUGAAGGCUUAACUAGAGGGUGCAUGAAAUUAUAACUAAGGUCUAAGGUGUUCUCUAUACUUCGAGGAAAUGUAUGAAGGAUUGUUAAUUUGAUUGGAAAAGGUGUUGAAAUUUAGGGUGUUUCCUAUUAUGCGGAGGUAAUUAUAUGUAUAAUGCAAAAGCAAUGUAUUUUUGUGUUGCGGAUAAGCAUUUAGUAGCUCAUGAGAUUCUCUCUAUGCUAAAGUUUAUAAAUAUAGGUAAGGAUUUCGAAAUAAGAUGUCGUGAGUAUACUAUAAAUGUAAUAUACUUGUAUGGUGAUGGUGAAACUAGGGGGGAUUUUUCUUCGAGUGGUGUUGAUGAAGGUAAGAUGUGCGAUGUAAGAGCUUUGAUGUUUAUGUAAUUGUACGUGGUGGUUGUAUUGCUAAUUUUCAUUGAGAAUUAUAUGUA